CCCAGUCACAAGAGGAGGAGGUCAGAGCACAGAUGCUGGGACCCAGUCACAAGAGGAGGAGGUCAGAGCACAGAUGCUAGGACCCAGUCACAAGAAGAGAUGGACCGGACACUGUCGCAGUCCCAAGAAGCAGACAGGCAAUCCCAGGAACACCAGCCCAUUUUGUUGCUCACCAACAGUAUUGAUGAUAGUGACAUAGAAACAUCCGUAUGGUGGAGAAGGCUGAGCUGCAAGGCAAGCAGAUCACAAGGUGUUUUGGGGGUGUGUUUCCAGCACCAUCCAGCAGCUGAUCUAGCAGUCAUCACCCACCAGUUGCUGCACAACAAGGUGUUAGCAGUCCAAGACUGGUCUGUGUUCUGGCAGCAGAUUCGGAUGAACAGCAAUGUAAAAGUGGCUGAAAUUCCAUGUUGCUUGACACAGGCUGAACUUUCCCCAGUGAUAUCAGAAGAGGUCCAGCCCCAAACAAAGUGGCAUCCAGGGAGUGGAAGUUGGCCCAGUGAUAUCAGAAGAGGUACAGUCCCAAACAAAGUGGCAUCCAGGGAGUGGAAGUUGGCCCAGUGAUAUCAGAAGAGGUACAGCUCCAAACAAA